AUGAAGGUUGAGAUCGACAUAUUCUCCGGCUACCGUAUCUACCCCAGCAAGGGCAAGCUCUUUGUCCGGGGGGACAACAAGAUCUUCCGGUUCUCAACCGGCAAGACCGAGUCUCUCUUCCUGCAGCGCAAGAACCCGCGUAAGAUCGCGUGGACACAGGUGUUCCGUCGCAUGCACAAGAAGGGCAUCACAGAGGAGGUCGCCAAGAAACGCUCCCGCAAGACCGUGAAGCACCAGCGCGGCAUCGUUGGCGCCGACCUCGCCGCCAUUGCCGCACGCCGCAACCAGACCGCCCAGGUUCGCGCGCUGCAACGCACCACCGCGAUCCAGAAGGCGAAGGCCGAGAAGAAGGCAAAGGAGGACAAGAAGGAGAAGAAGCCCGCAACACGCGGACCCGCAGUGACUGGCCCGCGGAUCUCGAAGCAGCAGAUGAAGGGGGGUAAGGGGGGCCGCUGA